UAUCCGGGUUUGGAAUAAAAAACAUUUGGCUUAAUUGUGCUGUUCUCUCUCGUACAAUUAUCAUUGUAUAUUGUUAAUUUUAUUUGUACUUUUUAUUCUUCGUGUUAAUUAGAGUUAAUUGUGUGAAAAAAAAAUCAAUCAAAAUGUUGAUGCCCAAGAAUAACAAGAUCGCUAUCUAUGAAUAUUUAUUCAAAGAAGGUGUCAUGGUGGCCAAAAAGGAUCCAACUAUUCCUAGACAUCCAUGUUUAAAUAGUGUUACCAAUCUUCAAAUUAUUGUUACCAUGAGAUCACUUGCCUCUAGAGGACUAGUAAAAGAACAAUUCGCAUGGAGACAUUAUUAUUGGUAUUUAACAAAUGAAGGUAUCGCCUUUUUACGUAAUUUCCUAUGUUUACCUGCUGAAAUUGUUCCGGCUACUCUUAAGAGGAAAGGAAAUGAAUCAAGAGGAGGAGCCGCUGGUGCCGGUACUGGUGGACCUGGUGCAGGAACUGGAGCUGGUGGUCCUGGUGGAGUUGGUGGCGGUGCCCCUGAUCCAAAGUUCAAGGGUUAUGGUAGAGGAAAACCUAUUUCUGAAUAAGAAGAGUGUUUGUUUUUUUUUGGGCUGGAUAAAAUGAGACAAUAUGAUUUUGAACAAAAAUACUUUGGUGUCAAGCUUUAAAUUGUCAAAAAGUAUUCACACUAAAUUAAAACUGUUUGAUUACAAAGCUUACAAAAACAAA